CCAACCGCUACACUUAUCUUAUAGUAAUUUUGUUAGAUCCACUAGAUUCGUCUAAUAAUUUUAGAAAAAUAUUCACAAAAAUACUUAUAACGAGCAAUAUAUUUUAUAAAUCCAUAACAAUAAUUUUUUAAAAUUUUAAUAGAUUAAAACAAACCAAGACUUUGUUCAAUAAAUUAAAUACCAUCAGAGAAAGUUUCAUUAAUUAAUUAAUUGCAUAAAAUCGUUGUCUCGUUGACGGGUAAAUCUCGACCCUACAACGUUAACAAGGGUCAGACUUUGAACCAAUAAAUAGGUAGCACCCAUCAAACAAAUUAAACAAUCAUUUCCAUUUCACCCGACCCGACCCGACUUUUCCCUUUUCGUUUUCCUCUUUUCGAAAGCUCGUGGCUCGUCCACCAAGAAAUAACAGAAUUUUUUUCUUUAAUUUUUUAUUUAGUUACAGUUGAUUGGUUGUUGAAUUUUUUCUGAGGGAAAUUGGAAAUUCGGUUGAAGAAAUUAGCUUUGAAUUGGAAAUUCAAUCCUUACUUUCUGAAGGGCGUCGCGUGAUUGUCACGAGCUCCUCCUCUCUUCUCCAUUUUUUUUUCUUCAUUCGAAUCUCUCUUCGUAAAUUAUGGCUCUCGACACUGUAAUAACAUCACCUCAUAGGAGGACUCAGUCACAGAGUGUAUUUGCUCCCGCAACACUAAAGAGACAGUAUUCCACACGAGUUGCCGGCGAAUUCGGAAGCUUUUCAACGCUCGUUCAGCGGCAUAGGUUCCUUCUGACAGCUCUUUCUCUGCUUGCGUUUCUAUGCAUAAUCUAUCUCUACUUUGCUGUCACCCUUGGAGGGAGCGACACCUGUUCCGAAUUUACGGGCGUCCAACGAGCAUCUUGUCAACUCCAGCUGGCUAAAGCAUCCAUUGCCAAGGGAAAACUAAAGGUCUUCUAGUAACAAUUUGUCGACUUUAUAGUUGAUUCGUUUCUUUGGGCCUACUUUAUGAAAUAUCUUUAGGUUAUAUUCUUCUUUAACAAGCUCGAUUCGUUAUCGGGUCUAUGUGGAAGUUUUUUUUUUUUUUUUUUUUUUAAUUUUAUAUUUUGUUCUCCUUUUGAGCAGAACAGAUUUAUAGCAGCCAUGAAAAUGAAUUAAUCAAUCUCAAGUGUAGAAUAUCAGUAUAUGUAAGUAUGAAUUCGAGUUCAUAUUUCUUCCUCAAAGAAGACUAUUCAAGAAA